AAGCAAUUGCGAAAAUUUAUACAUUUUAUUAUACCAAUAUUAAAAAAGAAUUACGUUUUUAUAGUAGUGAAUUGUUAGAAUGUGACUUGAAAGACAGUGUAAAUGGAUCUAUAAUUAAUCUAAGUCAAUUAGAAAUUAUUGAUCAAAACUUUAGUGAAGAAUUUGAGCAUAUUUCUGAAUCUUGCCAACUACAACUAGACAAUAUUAAUGGUACAAAUUUAUCAAUUGAGGAAGCUGUCGAUAUUUCAAAAGUAGCUUCAGAAGAAAAAUUAGAACCAAUUUCUUUAAAUACUACAGGUUUUUGUAUAAUUAAAGAUCAGAUACAUUGUGAAGAAGGUGUAGUUCGACAAUGGGCAUUUAUAUGUGUUUAUAAUCAGAAUUAUGACUCAAAUUUGAAGAAAGAUACUGGUUUGAAAAAGGUGGGGUGCCCUUUUUUAAUUAAUGCUUCUUUUUCUAAAAUUAAUAACCCAGAGGUGUUGGUGUUUAUUAACAAGAUGAAAGACAAACAUAACCAUAAAUUAGAUAGGUCAAUGAUUGAAUUUGAAGAAUCUAAAAAAUUUACAAAUGAAAUAUUAGAAGACAUUAAGUUUAUGACAGUGUUAUGCAAGUUUGAUAUGACUGUACAAAGAAAAUUUUUAGAAAAUAAAUAUUCCUUACAACCUAUUUUUCCAAAGGAUCUUUAUGCUGCCAUUAACAAAUUUUGCCUAACACAUAAAACAUUGUCAAAUGAUGUAGCACAAGUCUUAAAUUGGCUUGAUCAUCAUAAGAAGAUUGAUUCUCAGUGGUUUGUAGUAUGUGGAUAUAGUAUGGCACUAUCAUUGUUUGUAGGAUUUAAUAAAGAUCGUCGCAAUAUCUUGCUUGCUCAAGGUCUUAUAGCUGAUGAAACUAUUAACUUUCAUGUGUGGAUUUUUAACAAGUUAUUAGAAGUGACUGGUAUAUAUCCAGCAACUUAUUGGUCUACUGAAGCGUUUGUUGAGGAAAAUAUUAAUGAGCAGUCAGAUUCUGGUGAAAAAUAUUCUGGAAGGGAUGACCACCUGGUAGUAAAAGAAUUAUAUCCUUAUAUGAAGGUUGUGGGCCUAAAGUUAAAAUCAAAUAUCAAUGCAAAUGUAAAAAAUGUGGAAAUGCAGGCCAUUAUCAAAAAAAUUGCAAAGUAA